GUUAUGAGGUGAGUGACUACUUACUCCUCCCGAGAACUAACCUUGUCUCGUGCGUUUCGAUUCUAGUUCCCGGCGGCCUGGCUGACCAUGUUCGACGCAGUUCUCAUCCUCCUGUUAAUUCCCUUAAAGGAUAAACUGGUUGAUCCCAUUCUGAGAAGAAAUGGCUUACUCCCGUCAUCCCUAAAAAGGAUCGCCGUUGGAAUGUUCUUUGUGAUGUGUUCUGCCUUCGCUGCAGGAAUUUUGGAGAGCAAAAGGCUGGACCUUGUUAAAGAGAAAACCAUCAAUCAGACCAUCGGAAAAGUCGUGUAUUACGCUGCUGACCUGCCGAUAUGGUGGCAGGUCCCACAGUAUGUGCUGAUUGGCAUCAGUGAGAUAUUCGCUAGCAUCGCAGGUCUAGAAUUCGCCUAUUCGGCCGCCCCCAAGUCCAUGCAGAGCGCCAUAAUGGGCUUGUUCUUCUUCUUCUCUGGCGUCGGCUCGUUUGUGGGCUCUGGACUGUUGGAGCUGGUGUCCAUCAAAGCCAUCGGCUGGAUGAGCAACCACACAGACUUCGGUAAGGGCCGCACCGUCUGUUUGCACACGGCCAUUGGCAGAACCCGGCGCUCGGGUCCCAGGGCGUGUGGUGUUACUGGAGCUCGGCCGCCCCAGAGCUGCCUGAGACCCCCCCCUGCCUGAUCCCCUACGUCCUUGUGAGUUUGCCGGGGCGCAGGUGAGCCUCUGUCUGUCCCGGGGCCAGAUCGCCUCAGCCACACGUGCUGGGUCUGCGGGGCUGCAGCUGCUUCCUCAAAAUAUCUUUGAUCAGUAGCGUCGGUACCAGCAGGUUCUCUUUGUUUACCUUGGUUUGUAUUUGGUUUUCUUUUCCAGACAGCACCUUUAAACUUUCUGCUGUUAAAGACGUAGAUAGAUAGUAAGCUCCUUUCUUGAGCCACAGCAGUGACUCGUGACCGUCAGGAGGGGAUUUUAUCGGCCAGGAGGUGGCAUGUUGGGGCGCUGAGCAGAAUCAGUCACAAAAGAAUUUUGCUGAUCCCAGAUUUAUGGUACCUUUUAACUGGACUCACGAGAUGAAGGUUUUCUUCUUCUGUUUUGCCUGUGAAAAGAGCCUUAGUACUUGUUCAGUUGUGCAGCAUUUACUUGGGUCCAGGGCCCUUAGCCGUUUGUCGGUCAUAAAUCCACUUGGAACUCUGAUGAAAGCCUGGGGACUUUCCCCAAGAGAAUACAGAAUUCCAAAGGCCCUUCCCUGACUAAGCUAACCUUCCCAUCCUGAGGGGUGAGUUUAGGGCUGUGGAGUCCCAGUGUGGCUUUCAGAAACCACAGCCGCCCCCGCAGCUCCCAGAGGCCUGGCCACACUGCGUUCGGCGGGCUCGGACCUGGUUGUUCCAAAGAGAGCAGGCAGGUCUGGGGCUUUGCUGUUGACUCCCAGGCCCCUGGGAGGGUAAGCAGCUGUGGAAUACAGAGCAGGGGCACGGUGGCUCCUGGGAAUUCUCACAGGUUCUUGGCGGCCCAUGAUCUGUUUUUCUGGGCAUGGGACCGACCUUCUUCAGAGGAAGCCUUGCUGCAGGUCAGAACUCCAUGAUCCUUCUAUUUCUUUGUCUUAUUUUUCAGCAUAUCUUGAAGGAUUGAUUAGUUUUGGUGAUUUCCAUUAAUUGCUUUCCAGUGAUUUCAUCCCCUUGUCACUGACUUAGUAUCUCCAACUUUACCAUCAUUCGCCCUCAUGUCUCACAGGGUAGCGUCCAGCUCCUCACUGUGAGGCUCGUCUCCGGUCCUCGUGUCCCUCGCACACACGCAGGGCUUGCAGCUGGUGUCAUUUUCAGAGCAGUGUGUCCUACCACAGCCCCACACCAUGUCCAGUGCUGUCCUUGUUUUCACACCAGGAAGGAGAGUCUCAGCGAGCUGUGCUUGCAGCCCCCAGGGCCCCACAGCUUAGUUGGCACGGGGAGGAUGCAGAUGUGGGAAGCAUGCAGCCGGCCAGGCAGCUCCCUCCCAGCGCCCUCCCACCUGGGGACUUGGGGAGAGAACGGGACCAGGUAACCCCCCCCCACACCCAGACAACAUCUUGCUUCAGUAGAUGGGGCGGCAGGUGCCAUCCUGGGCGCCGUCUGUGCUCUUCCUGGCUCUCUGCUCUUCCGGUCCUUCCCUCUGCACUUGUGUUCAGGUUCGGAUGAAGCAGGUGGCGUGGAGCUGGCUGAGCAUCCCACGACUGACGCACCGAGUGGCUUCCUGCGUAGUUACGGGACUGUGGUGUGGAGGAAGAGGCCCUGCUCUCUCACCAUUGCUCCCUUCCCUGCCUGUUCUCCCGUAGGCUGGGUGUUCGUCAUCAUCAUCAUCACUUAGAUCUGGCAUAAUUCAGACUGUUAGGCACCCCAAUCUUUUUUUUUUAAGGAUUUUUUUUUUUUU